AUGGGAAAGAAUACCGUACAUAGAAAUGAAACCCAAGUGAACAGAAUAUGUCAAAUGACUAAAGUUUACAUGGAUACAGAUCAAACUGGAAGAUAUGCCGAAUUAUUAAGGAACGGAUUAGAGGGUUUAGGCAAGCAGGGAUGUCAGUGUCAAGCUUGCAGCUUUGUGGUUCAUAAAAGGUGUCAUGAAUUGGUCAAGUUUACUUGUUCUGGAGUUGACAAAGGGGAUGUCAGGACGAAACACAAUUUUCUUGCCAAUACUUUCUUCACUCCCACUUUCUGCGAACAUUGUGGUUCUCUACUUUAUGGCCUCAUCUAUCAAGGACUCAAAUGCAAAGCAUGUAAUAUGAUCGUCCAUAAACGAUGCCAAGAAAAUGUUCCGAAUCUUUGCGGAUGUGAUUAUGCUGGAAAAGAGGGAAGGAUAAAAUUAACUGCUAAACCUAACGAAGAACUGGCGGUUCUGGCGUUGGCUGCCGCUCAAGAAGAUGAAGAAGUGUGA